UCAAACAAUAUUUUCCAAUCUUCCUUUAGUUUCUUAUCAAACUACCAAAACAAAGCUCGGCAAUUCCAGCCAUGUCCGACCGUGCUGUUGCUGCUGCACCUCUCCCUCCGGGGUUCCGCUUCCACCCAACCGACGAGGAGCUCAUCCUCCACUACCUCCGCCACCAAGCCGCCUCCCAGCCCUGCCCUGUCUCCAUCAUCGCCGAGGUCGACAUCUACAAGCACGACCCUUGGGAGCUCCCCGCCAAGGCCAUGUUCGGCGAGCAGGAGUGGUACUUCUUCAGCCCCAGGGACCGCAAGUAUCCCAACGGAAUCCGGCCGAACCGCUCAGCCGCCUCGGGCUAUUGGAAGGCCACCGGCACCGACAAGCCGAUUCGGGGAGGCAGCGGGACGGUCGGCGUCAAGAAGGCGCUGGUGUUCUACAAGGGCCGGCCGCCGAAGGGGAGGAAGACCAAUUGGAUCAUGCACGAGUUUCGCCUCACCGACGCCCACUCGAGCAGCUUCACCUACGAGCCCGUGAAAUUCAGGACCUCCUCCAUGAGGUUGGACGAUUGGGUGCUCUGCCGGAUUUACAACAAGAAUUACAAGCUCGAAUCAAUGGCGCCGGCCCAAGAGCAAGGAUCCUCCCUCUCGGUCCCUGAUUACUCGGACGACUACUCGUCGCUGCGCCAUCUGUUCGACUAUUUGCCUGUGACGCCGCAGGGGCUCGAAUCGGCCAUGCUCCUGGGGGCCCAGUCCGGUGCGACUCAUCUCUCGGCUGAUAACGGCGAUACCAACAGAAACGAGGGGCAGGAAGAAUCCCCUGUCGCCAUGGCUACGAGCUCUUCCACACUUUACUCGCUGAUGGCUGACCAGUGUCUCCUGGAUCAGCAGAUGCUCUUCAACUCUCAAUUUGGAUGGCGAUGAAGAAAUAAAGAAAGAAAAAAAAGUGAUUGGUGUUGAACAGCAUGAGGAGGAGGAUGGUGCAACUGCGAGAUUGUUUAAAACUUGGGACGAGCCCAAUUGAUGGUUUUAGGUAGUGUGUUGUCGAUACCACGUGAGUGAGGUGUAUGAAUUGAUUGCGCAUGUCUUCGUUGUGAAUUGAAUAAAUUGAGAAAUGUUUCUGAAAUU